UAGGAUUUCGAUAGACGCCGGCAAAGUGUAAACUAAAAAAUAUUUGCAAUAAAACAGGGAAUAUAUUUUAUGUAAAGGGUUAGCAAGAUGUCCCAAACGAGCUCCAUGAAGCUGCUGGGCGCCCGCAACAUGUCCUGCAUUGUGGAGCGCAUGGAGUGGAACAACAAGAUGGACCUCAUAGCCUAUGGAACUGAGAAGGGCGAGGUGAUCAUCCAGCGUCUGAACUGGCAAAAGAUCGUCACAUUUCCCACGCCCGGCGAGGAUGUGCGUGUGCGCUCGCUCAGCUGGCAAAUGGACGAGACCCUGCUGGCCGUUGGCUACAGCAAUGGCAAGGUUGCGCUGUUGGACGCCGAGAGCGAGACGAUUAUCUCGGGACUGAUCUACGAGGACGACAUCAAGAAGGUUUACUUUAGCAAGGCCAUUAAUUCACAGGAGAACCUAGGCACCUACACCUGUAAUGCCAAGGACAAGCACCGAAGGUUCCUGCCCAAGCUACAGCCACUGACCAAUAUCGAUCCCUGCCUUAAAACACUUGACCAGAAGUCCUUCCCAAAGGGAUCGCCAUGCUUUCUGGUUGUCAUAAUGCGCAGCGGCAAGGUGCACCUCUUGCUACUGGGAGCUCUGCAAGCCGGCAGCAUCGAUCUUACCCAGCACAUCCUUCAUCCGGAGCAGUUCGAUGUGUAUGACGUGCGACUGAGCGGUGACUUCAAUGGCAUUUAUGCCUUGCUGAGGGACGGACAGGAGCUCAAGGUGCUGCACUUUCACAACCAGGUGCUGCAGGAGUGCAUGGCGCCCAUGCUGGAGCUGGCCACCCACUGUGCGCAUAUUCUGGAGACCAAGAACUACAUCAACGACACGCAGCAGUGCUUGACGGAGGCCUGGGAAACGGUUCAGAUCGAAAUGGACAACAAACUCACAAAGUAUGCCAACUCCCAGCCAUACGGCCUGAUCUCGGCUCACUUUCUGGAGCUGCACGUAUUCGGAUUCGCCACAUUGGAGGUUGAGGAGUUUCUCUUCGAAACGCUGUCGGAGAAGGGCUUUAAGAAGAUUGCCAACUCGGUGGACCUCAGCCUGAGCAACCUGCAGAGUCUGGUGUUCAAGCAGCUAAACGGAUCGGCCAUUAACAUGUUCUACUUCCUCAAUACGAUCGCGGGAUUCGGUCGCAUGUCACACUUCUUUGAGUCCCUCAUCUCGCCGGAUGUGGCCAAUGAGGCGAUGAGGGCAUGCGGAGCCUUUGUGCUAAAAGUCCACGAACUGCAGCGAACUAUCGACACGUUGGUGUACGAUAUGAAGCUCUUCCACGCCUGGAUGAUCUUUACAAUACUCCGUCUUUCCCACCAAGAGAUUCCCGAUGAUCUGGUCCUCACCGAGGAUGAGAACAUUGCCAUGGCCGACUUUCUGUGCGCCAUGGAACCGGAGAACGAUGAUCGCAGCGACGACGAGGAUGAAGAUGCCAAUAUACUUUCUGCCACACCGCCACCGGCACGCAGUAAAUUUAACCUGGAGCGCGUGGGUCAGUAUCUGGAUAAUACGUUCUUGUCGCAGCCAUAUCCCAAAGAUCCUGGCCAGCUGUGGGAGGAAAUGGUGGCCGAGAACGAUUGCUUGAACAGCUGCAACUUGUUCGUGCCCCAUGACAAGAAUCUCUCGCUGAUACAGCAACGGGACAAGAUGUUCAAUGCCAUCGAUGCGGUGUUCCACAAGCCCACAGAGAGCAUUAGUGGCAGCUUCAAGCUGGCCUCGGCGAUAAUAUGCGGUGAUCUGCCACCCAUGGAGCCCGGAGAGGGACUAAAGGACCGUGAUUUUGUGACCAGUAGCUAUUAUGUUAACGAAUCCUCUCGCUGUGAUAUGUUGGCGUGCACCGUUAGCUGGCAGGAGGCCAUGAUCCUGGAGAUCAGUCGCACAGGCGAUUGCCUGGUGCGGUGCACGAGGGUUCAAUUGCAACCCGGCAUCUUUACGGCCCCCCUACAUGAGGACUACUAUCACCUGCGCUUUGUUGACCUUCAGUUCUACAACGAGUCCUCGCUCUCGAUGCUGGCCCAGACCACAACCUCCGUUCCCGGCAUCCGGCCGCAUAGCUACUUUGUGCAAUUCUCGUUGAGCGCAGCGAGAAAUCAAUGCACCCAGCACCAGAUGGGGCAGGUGGUCAAGCUGAAGGAUGCCACCGUCACGCACAGCAUACACGAUAUUGCCGAUGGCGCCGCCUUCAAGGGAUUGGAUGGGGUGUGCGAGAUGCUUGCCAUUUCGGGCAGCAGAAAGGUGGCCACUGUGCUAUCGGAUCGGAAGCGUAAGAUGACCAUUUUCGAGAUGGAAAUCGAGGAGGAGGAGGACGACACCGAGAUGUCGCAGGCCUCGUUUCUAGAGAUUAGCAAGGAUUCGGUGCUGGACAAAACAGAGACGUAGUAUGCGUGAACAUUUUUCAAAAAUAAAAACAUUCAACAGCUCUAAA